AUGCUAGCCGACGUGCAAGCUGACGAAGACGGCGAGGUAUCGGGCGGUGUACUGGCUGAACGUAGCGCAAAAAGGUCGGCGGAUAACGCUUUGAUCCGACCUCUUCCCGGCCCCCGCCGCGAUGCCCACCGUCGUCCACCCCCUCCCGUUCCUGCAAGGCAACCGCGCCCUCCUCCGCCACCUCUACCUCCGCCACCUCCCGUUGCUCGAGCACCUCCACGUCCUGGUCGUCGUAAUCGCUCAGUGCCCUUUGCUCUGAGCGCAAAGCGUCGUCGACGUCUUGACCGACAGGCAAGGGCAAUUCGGUACAAGAUGUCCAAUCUCGUCACAGAUCUUCACUGCCGCGUCGCUCAUCAUAUGGCGCUCACCUCGGACGUCAUCGUGAUGCCGAGGAUGGAGGUGAGGAACAUGAUUCGAAGGCGCGGGGCUCGACUUCACCGCAACACAAAGCGCAGGCUUAUGGCGUGGGGUCACUGCGCCUUCCUCAACCGUCUCUCGAUCAAAUGCAGGGACAUCGGAACUGAUCAGCGAUACGAGAAGCGUCAGACCGUGCUGCUCGUGCAACCAGAGCCGUACACAUCCAACACGUGCGGUCAAUGCGGCCAUCUCAACGACCGUCUGGGCUCAAGUCGCACCUUUGCUUGCUCGGACCCGGAGUGUCAGUACGUAGCCGAUCGUGAUCGCAACGGCGCCUACAAUAUGGCCGUUCGAGCCAUUUGUUCCGCCAGGGUCGCAAAUCCUGUAGCAGCCAAGCUGUCGGAUCUGUCCAAUAAGCGCGUCCUAAAUUUUUUCCCGACGUUCGGCAUCAACAUCAUUUAUGAUAUCCGACCUGCUUGGAACCCGACAGUACACGCCGCUUGA